CUUUUUAUUUUUAGUCAGGCAAUGCAGACGGGUAUCCCGAAGGGUCCUAAAAAACCUCACAUACACACGUGUGCUGUUCACUGUUGCCAUGGCGGACCUACAGAUGAAGCUUCUCCGCAAGAAAAUUCAGAAAAGAAGUGACAAGAACAAAGAGCGGAAACUACUUAAGACCCAGACCGACGAAGAAGAGACCGUCAACUGUAACGGACCGGAAGAGGAAUGUCCUGAGGCAGCAGCGACUUGUCCUAAGCCCAAGAAGAAACAGAAGCUGCAGAUUGAAGGGACCACAACAGAGGAAACACCGCUGAAGAAGAAGACUAAGAAGAAAAGGAAGCUUGCUGACACAGUUGAAUCACCGGGUAACCUUGGGAAGAAGACCAAAACGGUGAAAGAAGAAGCAGAAGAAGAGGGAGAGGGAGCGGUAUUGGCAGAGGGAGAACAGGCUACUGGCAAAAAAGAGGAAGCUACAGAUGAAGAGGAUGAAGACAAAUCCAGAGGAGAGGAGGAGGAGGAAGAACAACAUCAACCUGAAUUACCAUCUGGCUUAACAGGAGCAUUUGAGGACACAUCCUUUGCCUCUCUCGCUGAGCUGGUGAGUGAUGGCACGCUGAAGGGCGUGAAGGAGAUGGGUUUCGAACACAUGACUGAGAUCCAGCACAAAAGUAUUCGUCCCCUGUUGGAGGGAAGGGAUGUCCUGGCUGCUGCCAAGACGGGUAGUGGAAAAACCUUGGCCUUCCUCAUCCCCUCUAUAGAGCUCAUCUACAAACUCAAGUUCAUGCCCAGGAACGGCACCGGUGUGGUGAUCCUUUCACCUACACGCGAGUUGGCCAUGCAAACCUAUGGUGUGAUGAAGGAGCUGAUGACGCACCACGUGCACACCUUUGGUCUGAUCAUGGGGGGCAGCAACCGCUCUGCAGAGGCCCAGAGACUGGCCAAUGGAGUCAACAUCCUGGUGGCCACGCCUGGCCGCCUGCUGGACCACCUUCAGAAUACCCCUGGGUUUAUGUACAAGAACCUACAGUGUCUGAUUAUCGAUGAGGCAGACCGUAUCUUAGAGGUGGGCUUCGAGGAGGAACUCAAGCAGAUUAUCAAACUGCUGCCAAAAAAGAGACAGACCAUGCUGUUUUCAGCCACUCAGACCCGCAAGGUGGAGGACUUGGCUCGCAUCUCCCUGAAGAAAGAGCCCCUUUACGUUGGCGUGGAUGACAACAAAGACAAUGCCACUGUUGACGGCCUGGAGCAGGGUUACGUGGUGUGCCCGUCAGAGAAGCGCUUCCUGCUGCUCUUCACAUUCCUAAAGAAGAACCGCAAGAAGAAGCUCAUGGUCUUCUUCUCUUCCUGUAUGUCUGUGAAAUUCCACUAUGAGCUACUCAACUACAUUGACCUGCCUGUCAUGGCCAUUCACGGCAAGCAGAAGCAGACCAAACGUACCACCACCUUCUUCCAGUUCUGCAACGCUGACUCGGGCAUCCUGCUGUGCACUGACGUGGCCGCCCGAGGCCUGGACAUCCCCGAGGUGGACUGGAUUGUUCAGUACGACCCCCCAGAUGACCCCAAGGAGUACAUUCACCGGGUGGGUCGAACAGCCAGAGGCAUAAACGGCAGAGGCCACGCGCUGCUCAUCCUCCGGCCAGAGGAGCUCGGCUUCCUUCGCUUCCUGAAGCAGGCCAAGGUCCCAUUGAGCGAGUUUGACUUUUCUUGGAGUAAAAUCUCUGAUAUCCAGUCCCAGCUGGAGAAGCUGAUUGAGAAGAACUAUUAUCUCCACAAGUCAGCCCAAGAGGCCUACAAGUCCUAUGUGAGGGCUUAUGACUCCCACUCGCUGAAACAGAUCUACAGCGUCAACACCCUCAACUUGCCCAUGGUGGCGGUGUCCUUUGGGUUCAAGGUUCCUCCAUAUGUUGAUCUGAACGUCCACAGCAGUAGAGGUGUGAAGAUGCAGAAGCGAGGAGGCGGAGGCGGUUUUGGAUACCAGAAGUCCAAGAACCCGCACAAAUCCAGAAUUUUUAAGCAUGUCAACAAAGGAAAGAGUGACAGGAGACAGUUCUCACGCUAAACCCCUUCCAGUGAUCUCUCUUCUGUGGGUUUGAAGAACUUAUUUUUUUUAUCCCAUGGACUGCCUUCGUUCACUGUGUAGUGUGUAUGGCCCAUCAUGUAGACAUAGCUGUCCUCUGGAGUUUACAAGUAUUUUGUAAAUGUACACUUGCAUCAUGUGGACGAUAUAUGUUAAAGAGGCCGCUGUAUACCACAGCCACCUUCCUACUCCCUUUUCUAAAAUGUCUUCAUUUCAUCUGACUGGAGUAUUAAAUCUCUAUUGACU